UAUAUACGGCAAAGAUCGGUGGCAGUCAUUGAGUUAUAUGGUGGCGGCAUCGAGGGAAAGACGUUCUUAAAUUUCCCAGAUCGGCGACGUCUACAAAAUUCUAGAACUAGUGGAUGAAAAUGAAUUGGCCUGCUGUUUUGAAAUCAAUCUUCAUUCUGUCUGUUGUGCUUCACAAAUCCAUUGGAUGUGGCAUCACGACCCAUAUAGAAAUAGCUCACAGAGCUACUCAGUAUUUCAAGGAUACAAGAAGAGAUGUUAAUUACAAGCAGUUGAUUUUAGAGAACCAAGAUGCCUUCCAAGCUGGUAAUCCUUACCCCGAUGCCUACUAUGAUAGUAUUUGUCGAGGAGGGAAGUAUCACAGUGUAUCAGAGGACACCCACUGGUCUCCAUUCCUGAUCACAACCAUCCAGUAUAUCAGAGAUCAUUACCCACAGCCAUGGAACAAGGAUGCGACAAAGCUUGUUGUGUUCUUGUUGGGGUUUGCAUCCCACCAGGUAGCUGAUGUAUCCUGGCAUAGCUUAGGUAUUGACCAGGGGUUCCUUACAACAAUGGGAGAUAUCAACUUCUUUGGUUCCUUCCCUGAUGCCCAUAGUGUAGGAGAUGAAGGAGGAGAUGUUUUAUCUGAAGCUGAAUUGGAUUUACAGUACAUUCGUACUUUAUCAAACUGGUAUGUACCUGUCAAGGACUUGUAUGAGAUCUACAAAAUAUAUUACAACAACACAGUCAUAAUGCAAGAGGAUGUCAUUGUAGAAUGCACAGCAAUUUUGUUUCUUGCCAGGUUAGGAGAAAAGCUGGCCCUUUCCAAGCUGUAUAUGGAUUACUCAUCCAAGUCUCCAUUUAUGGUGGAGGAGUUUGAGUCUUAUUUCCUUGGAGGUGUUGAUGAUAUGGCAGUAUGGAGUCAGAGACUUUGGCAUGAUACUAUCGAUAUGCUGGAACAUGGAACUGAUGUUUGUGAGGUACCCCAUAAUCCCAUCUACAUUAACUGUUCCCAUAAUGCGAUUAAACCAAUGCCAAAGAGAUUGAAGACACCCCUGAGAGGUCUCCGGAGCAGGAUCAACCUACAUGGCUUGGGUAGGAAGGAUGUAAUGAUUACGCCUUCUACCAGAGGCAUCUAUCUGUCGGCUGCUGAUUCUCUCAAGGAACAGCUAAAAACCCUUCAUGAAAGACUUGAAGAAAAGAAAAGAAGAACAAUGCUACGGUCUAGAAAUGAUGAGAAACCAACAUCAUCUUUCUAUGUCAGAGAUCCUUAUGCAAGACUUGGACAGAGCAUGGCAAAAUCUCCCUGUAAUGAUACUGACACAGAGGACCUGAUCUUAGGAAGCCCUGGAUAUGGGUUGGAAGGCCAGGUCCAGACUGGACGAGUCUAUGUCAUCUAUGGAACUAACCAGAUCUUACAUAAUGGAUCGCAUGACUUGGAUCAACAGGCUGAUCUUAUCCUUCAAGGUUUCCAUGAAGGCGGUCGAUUUGGUAGUGAUGUAGUAGCCGUAGACAUUAAUCUGGAUGGUUUUGUUGAUAUUGCUGUUAGUGCACCAUCGGUUGGAUCUACAAACCUAACAUAUCAUGGAGAAGUAUAUGUAUACUAUGGAACUAAAACAGGCAGAAGAUCAUUGUCUCCAGAUAUCACAAUUGCAUGUACACUAAUGUACUGCAACUUUGGUCGCUCACUAUCCAGUGGAGACUUCAACAAUGAUGGCCAUCUUGACCUUUUGAUUGGGUCACCAUUUGCCCCAGCUAAUGGUCAUUCUCAAGCAGGCAUGGUGUCAAUCCUCUACGCUGACAAAUACUUUCAAAGUUCUAUUGGAGUACAUCUUACAGAGAAGGAUAUGAAUCACACAUUGGAAGGAGAUCAGGAAUAUGGAUGGUUUGGUAAUAAGAUGAGGAUUCAUCCAGUGCCAGGUCAUAACCCCCUACUUCUAAUCUCACAACCAACAUAUCGUAUGUGUGCCAACCCCAGUUGCUCCUACUCCCCAGACGACAUUCAGAGUGUUGGUGCUCUCUCUAUUUAUUCUACUGGGUCCUCCCCAGCUCUUCUGACCAGGUUGAGAGGAGAAGUGUCCUUCCAGAAGUUUGGAUCAGGAUUUUCUGUUGGAGACCCUUUCGGGAAUGGCAGUCUUAUCCUGGCUGUUGGAUCAAAUACAAAAGAUAUAGAUGGUGAGAUUCUUGAUCUUUCGGUCAAGCUGACCGAUGCUGGCCAAGUCACUUUGUACACCUUGGACAUCUCUCCCUCAACCCAUGUGAGUCCAUCUGGUUCCAGUCCUACAAGGAUGCUAAGGUAUCAUCCUAAGAUGAUUUCCUUACAUCCUAUAGCACUCUAUGAGGGAGACAGACAGUAUGGCAGGUUUGGAGGAGAGCUUAUGUUUGAUGACAUCACGGGAGAUGGAAUAGAUGAUUUGAUUGUCGGAGCACCGUUUAGAACACAAGAUAUCAGUGAAGAACUAUUUAAAGUUGAAGAAGGAAGCAUUUUUGUCUUUAAAGGUGGUGUUACCUUCCGCACAGGCAAUGCAACAAGAUCUUGUGACUUCACCUCAUUCAUCAAACCAUGCCCUUUAGAAAAGGCCUCUAUUGUAUUAUCCAGCAAUGAAGGUGGAUCACGAUUUGGUUCAAAUUUAGUGACAUGGAGAUUUAAUGAGAAACCUCAUCUGGUCGUCAGUGCACCUCGGAACAACAGGGCAGGACGGCUUGUAGGAGAAGUGUAUGUUUACACUCUUGAGAUGAAAUGAUCAAUUCACAUUCUCAAAGACGACAUGAGCAACUCAAACAGGCAGUUAUGGAGAGGAUGGUACUUCGAAUUAGGUUUUUUUCAAUAUGAUGGUAAACAUGGACCAAGUUAUCUCAUUUGUGACAGAAAAGUGAAUACAAGUGAGGUGUCAUGAAGUGAUGAUUAGUUUAUUUGGAUGGAUGGAAAAAUAGAUGAAUGAAAUGAAUGAUGGGUAAAUGAAUGAAUGGAUGAAUGAAUGAAUGGAUGGAUGAAUGAAUGGAUGGAUGAAUGAAUGAAUGGAUGAAUAAAUGAAUGAAUGAAAGAAUGAAGGUUCAUUAGUCUUUCAAUGUGAGAAACAGGUACAUUAAUCUUAUGCAAUACAAUGCUCUUCAGGUAGUAUACAGGAUCUUUUAUUAUUUACAGAUGUAAACUUGUGAUGUAUAUGUAUUGACGAUCUAUGAUGGAUGUGGACAUGUAUGUGCAUGUGUGUGCAGAGUCUACAUUUGAUCAGUUGGAGAUAUAGACUUGUCUAUUUACGUAUAUUCCAAAGAGUUCUUGUCGACCUGUAUGUAUAGUAAUAUGAAGACUGCAUAGAUUUUUUAAUCUUUGGAUUAAGUUUGUUUUAUGUUUUGUGAUAGUGUAAUGUUUUUUACACAUUCCAUGUAUUGAAUUUCUUCAUUGAAUUUGUUUUUAUUGCAAGUUAUAAGCGAACAAUUCUGAUGCUUUUCUACCAGCUAUUGCCUCAAAGCUUUCCUAUUAAUGGUAAUUGGAAAGUGUGCAUACACAGCUCCUACACGGAGGGUCGCGAGGGAUGGACCUUAUGUCAAGCGUUGCUAAUAAUGUCAUCGUGCCAUGGCUCAGUGCUUUGACCCCAGCUGGCUUCAAAAGUUCACUUUCCGGAAUUUCUUUGUGCUGUUUUUUUUUAGCACUAAAGAAAUAUGGAGGUGUACAAAAACUCAUCUCUGCAAUAAGAAUUGUUGACUCUUGCGAAGAAAGAAAACAAAGAAACAAUAUAAUUGAAAAAAAUUAGAAAUGAAAAUAUCAAAACAAUAGAUUAGUUAUUAGCAAUAGCUACAUGUAUUAGCAACUUUUGAUUAUUCUGUCACCUUUGAUACUCUCAGGACAUUUGACCAUUGCUUUGAAGCAUUGUUGCAAUCUCUCUUGAAUAUACAAUAAACAGUGCAUUCUAGGUGCGCGGGUACAUAUUUGCGGUUUCUACACUUGUUCCUACAUGCACACUUCAGUAGUUCAGGGCAGGAUGACUUGGCUUCUAGCAAAUAUGUUCAUAGGGACUUCCACUUAUAGACAAGUCCAUCCCCACUCAGCAGGAGAGGGCAGAUAAUUCUUUCUUAGACCCCCUUUUUACAUAUUCCUUUGCUUUCUCCUUGUACGUCCGGUUUCUGACCGAUAGUCUUGUUGCUUUGCUUGCCAGGAAGAAAAUCUGAAAAUCAUCUUCUUCUAUGGACUUCUGUUUCUUCCUUGAGUUUUUUUUUCCUGUGUGAGAUGUUAAUUUUGAAUGCUCUAGGUGGCCCUUUUCCCAUCAUUGCCAUUUUUUUUUUUUCGUAAAAGUUCUCUUUUCCAAUUUGACAGUGACUGGAUAUAUCAGUGCAUUGUUGACACAUAUUGUUUGAAAGUUACCAUGCAGUGUGCAUCUGGCACUUUGAAAUGUCGCCUUAAUAUCAAAAGGACCACUCUUGAGUUGAACAUUGUGAGUUAGGUGUGGUUUGUGUUACCAAUAGAGAGCUUUCUUUUCUGUUCCAGGUUUGGUGUUAUUUAACAACAAUUUAACAUUGUUCCCUUUGUUCCCUAUUCAUUGUGCAUGUAGGUGUCCUUCUAAUAUCCAUAUAUUUAUGCCACAGCUGUAUUUGUUGCAUCAUGAUCUGUCAUUGUGUUCUAGAGGAGAUCUUCCGUUCUGUUGAUUUAUUGAUGGGCUGAACAUACUCAUUGAGUGUUAGGAAGCAGCCUUUUAGGGAUGAUGCAAUUAUCUUGUAAAAACCAGCUUCCUCAGGUGACAGGUAAAUGCUAGGCCCAUCAACCAUCAGGAGUACUGUUCUUGGGUAAGCAAUGAAUGAAAGAGCUUCGCGACAAAAGCAAAGAAUGACUUGGAAUCCAUCUACCCACUCUCUGUUGCCGUAAAGAAUGGUCCACUUUGUGCGUCGGUCAUGUAUCGCCCACAAGCUUCCAUCCGUCUGCCUGGGACGAUAACUGGAGGAAGAAAUUUUCUGGUUUUCAUUCAUGGUUGCCAAGAUGGUGAUCUGAGUCUUGUCAGAGUUCCUUAGCUCAUGGACGAUUAUCGAUCCGUUUUCUGCUAGAACUCUUGUCUCCUUUUGCCCGUCAAGGGGGAAACUGCUUUCAUCGUAGUUUCUCUUUCCUUCAAAGAGGACACUCCUGGCACCCACUUUUUUCAAAUAAGUCUCCAAUUUGGAAACCAUCAAUCAAUUCGGCGGGGGAUGACUAUGGACCUUUCCUUCCCUAUUGGUUGGGAUUAUCUAAAGACCAGAUUUUGAGAAAAAGCUACCAAACCAUCUGUCACCAGGCCUGUUGUCUUUAAAGGGUGUAUCCUGACCAUCCUUAUCAUGCAUGUCUUUGACGACCUCCAAAUAAAUAAAAAGAUUUUUGUUUAAAUGUUAGAUCUGUUAUAAUAAUUUUUUUUAAAGACUAUUACAAUGAUCUUAGACAAAAUUGACAGAAAAUAUUGACACACAUGAAUAAUGGCGAAGACAUAAUAACAAUAAUAUUUGUUUGUCUUAUUUUUCCUUUCCUUCCAUUGCCAGUUUUUUUUGUUUGCAUGGAAGUGCUCUUUUCCAAAUUGACCGUGAUUUGAGUUUAUCAUUGCAUUGUUGGCACAUAUUGUUUGAAAGUUACCAUGCAGUGUGCAUCUGGCACUUUGAAAUGUCGCCUUAAUAUCAAAAGGACCACUCUUGAGUUGAACAUUGUGAGUUAGGUGUGGUUUGUGUUACCAAUAGAGAGCUUUCUUUUCUGUUCCAGGUUUGGUGUUAUUUAACAAUUUAACAUUGUUCCCUUUGUUCCCUAUUCAUUGUGCAUGUAGGUGUCCUUCUAAUAUCCAUAUAUAUAUGCAAUACACAGAGGAAGCAUUACAUCCUUUAGUUUUGGUGAUUUUUUGUGGAAAACUUUGUGCUACAGCUGCAUUUGUUGCAUCGUGAUCUGUCAUGGUGUUUUUGAACUUCUUGUAAAGAUCUUCCUUUCGUCAAUGUGUUGAUGGAAUUAACAUAGUCAUUGAGUGUUAGGUGGCAGCCUUUAUAAGAUGAUGCCAUUCUCCCUGCAAAUACCAGCAUCCUCAGGUGACUGGUACAUGCUAGGCCCAUCAGCCAUCAGGAGUACUGUUCUUGGGUAAGCAAUGAAUGAAAGAGCUUCGCGACAAAAGCAAAGAAUGACUUGGAAUCCAUCCACCCACUCUCUGUCGCCGUAAAGAAUGGUCCACUUUGUGCGUCGGUCAUGUAUCGCCCACAAGCCUCCAUCUGUCUGCCUGGGACGAUGAUGACGGAAGGAAGAAAAUCUCUGACUGCUUUCUAGGGCUGUUAUCUAUAACGUCUUUAUCGAUAGUCCUGUCGAUAAUUGCUUGUUUUUGCCACUUAGCGAUUAUCGAUAAGCUUUCUCUCUAUAAUGUAGGGACACACUGAUUUUCCACGAUGGCCCUUUGAAAGUGGCUUUUCAAACGGAAAAUCACGGAAACAUAUUUUUCAUCAAACUGCACAGAACAGCAACAAAAAUUACUCCAAAAUCUCAACAAAAUACUUGCCACAAAAUACGAUCUCACCCCCACAUUGCUAUUAUAGCGAAGUGGGGGUGAGAUCGUGACAAUCCAAACAUCGUGACUGCACACGACUCCAUUUGACUGAAUCGAAAACAUCACAACUAAUGUAGAAGGCAGCUAUCACACAGCAUAGCCUCAUGUUGUUGCCCUCUACGUUCGAAGACGUACAGUACGAUAUCAAAGACUGUGAUCCGAGUCUUGUCAGAGUUCCUUACCUCAUGGAUGAUUUUAGAUCCCUUUUCUGGGAAUACUCUCGUCCCCUUUUCCUGCCAAGGGGGAAAUAUUUAGAAUAUGAAUGUACAUCUUUAAUUAAAGUAAUCAAAUGAGAAUCAAAUUUGGAUUAAAAGAAAAAACUACAAAAAAACUCCGCACUGUCAUAUGGGCAUAAUUUCAAAUUUCAGAGGGGGCUUGAUUUCAUAGCAAUAACAAAAUGCACAUGUGCAGUAGCUAUUUCAAGUAAUUGCAGUAAAAAAAGGGACUCAAUUCCGAAAGUAGAUGUUUAAUUCAUCAAAAUUGAUGGUAGUGAAACCAUUAAAAACUGCUUGGGAAUGAUGAGUAGAAAAGUUUCACUUACAAUUUAAACACGAGUCCAGAAUUCAGUGAAUGCGAUAGGAACAUGCAACAUAAUUUAUACACAUUGAUUCCCUUUUUAGUAGCAAGCCAUAGUUAAACCAGCUAGGCCGAAAGUUAGAGGGCUUUUGAACCAGUGAAAUAUUUUGACAAUUAACUCGCCUAAAAGGAUCACCUAUAUUUCCACAAGUUUUAGACCCGUCUCUUCCUCAUUUCUGUGCCAUUUAUUUUCUUCUGCUCCUUAAAAAAACAUUCCUUGAUGAGGCCACUGUGUCUGACUGUUCAUCUUGCUGGUGCAGGUCCUCCAAUAUUUUCCAUCAAUUUCCUCCUGAAUCUUGAUGUCCUCAGUUGCAAUGCUCAAAGCCCUCCUCUCAUCUCUUCUUUAUUUUGCCUGCAGAAAGUCUUCUGCUCUCUGCUCCACCUUAAAGUCUUGGGUUUGGAGGACCUCGGCAACCUCUCUCCAGCAUUUGCCACUCUCCUUUGACCCUCUUUUAAAUCCAAAAGUCUUUACGGAUGCUACCUUUUUUAGUAGCAAGAGGACCUAUUUGACCUCUAAAAUCGUCAUAGACUUGACUGUUAUUCCAAAUAAAUGAAUCAUAGGUUGAUCCUGGCCAUUGGUCGAUGAUAUUGGUCAAAUGUAUCUGUUGGUCAACAGUGGCUUGCAUGGUGAUUGAAUGUUCACCCUUGUCAAUUAUGUACAGAUGUUCAUUCUCUUCGGGUGCCUGGAUGGCAAUAUGCCUCUAGUAUAUGCAACCUAGAUGGCAUCUGCGCCAUCUUGGCGAAUGAUGCCUUAUUGGAGGUGAUCUGUGCCUCCAAGAAUUUAUGAAGUCCCCCGCUCUUGAUAUAGAAUUAGUGGCAGCUGCAAUCGAGCGGCUCUGUGAGCUCUGACAUAUCCAUCUACAUCGCCAGCUACAUUCUGAAAGCUGCCGCUUGCAGAAAAACCUGAAGUGCAGUUGUUAUUUGUAGCUCAACAGUGAGUGCACUUUCUUGAGACUUGUGAAAGACCUUGCCAUUUCCUCAAAAGAUCUCAAACAAAUCUGAUAAUUGAAUCCCAGACGAUAGUCCUCUGGAAUAUCAUUCACCGAUAACCGUUCUCUAGCUUGAUAUCUUCUGAUGAGUUAAUUCUACGCUAGAAAUAUAGCUGCCAUGAUAUUGGCAUACAUGCAAAGCCAAAGUAAUGACAAAAUUUAUGAAUGCUUGACCCUGUCACAAAAAUUGUUAUAAGCUUGGUGUGACGAUUGAAUUGACAAAAGUUAUUUACAUCCAACAGAAUACAGAUUUAUGACAAUUUUUCUUCAACUCUGAGUAAUAAUGUGCUUGAAUCAAGUGCGUUAGUGAGGCGGGGUAUAUUGGGGCAAGAUUUAUGACUUGUUAUGAAAUCCACCAGAAUACUGACUGUCAAAUCACUGAAAAAAAAAGAGAAAAUACAAUGUUCAGAAUACAGGUUAUUGGUCUCCAUGUCCUUUGUGUGUGCUUAGGAUGGCCUCUCCUUCCAUUUGGUUGCUGGGUCAUCGCAGUCUAGAGAGCAUAGUCUGAUGGCAUUCGUAGAACAUGUUUGCCAAUCUCAUCCUCCUUUUUUCUUUGCCAAGAGACUUUGUAUCUAUAUAUUCUUACAUUGGUAAUCUGAUCCAUAUCAGUGUCCCCUAGGAUCUUUCCAAGACACCACUGUUGGAAUACAUUCAGCUUUUCUAUUAAAAAACCUUUUUUUUAUAAAUCUAAGCUGAUAUUUACGAAUGUACAUAUAUAGUAUCUAUAUAAGGUGCAAACUUAUUGAUCAGUGGUAGAGUUUCAGAACUUGUAGGGCAUAAAAUUAUAAAGCCAUGUAAUGACCCUUUUGUAUGGUAUAUUUUCAGUAGACUUUGACUCCUAAAACAUGCAUGGUAGAUCUAAAGUAGUAAAUGACCGGUGUAUUAAGUCUUGUCAGCUGUUGAAGCAGACACACAUGAAAACUUGUGACACAUUCAUUGAAGAUCGUCUUUACAUGUACAUGUACCAAAGGACCAAUGGUCAUAAAUGAGACUUGCCUUAUUCUGUAUAUCUUUAAAUGGUAAAUAGAAUUACUAAGUAUGAUGCAUGUUCGCUAGUUCAUUAUACAAUCUUCCUGAGUUAAGGCUCUGUUUACCCAUUGCAUAAACCUGUGACGCUGAGUGUAAUGGCUUGAACACAGCCUCAAUGACAGCGUAUGCAUCAUAGAAUGGAAAAAUGAAGACGUGUAUCAUUUGUUUUAUAAAUGGCAUUCCAAGAUCGUGUUAAUUUAUUUUAUGUAUGAGCAAAUAUGUUUUGGAUGUCCUAAAACUUCUUUUGUUUAACACUGAUUACUAAAUAGCCGAUGUUUGUGAAGAGAUGUUUUAGGAGAGGUACCCAUAAUCAAUCUAUUCUUUUCUAAUAUUUUGUUUAAUUUGUAAGCAGAAGUUUUUUUUUCUUUGGAAUGUGUACAUUGUGUCUUAAUACAAACAUAUUGAUCUAUUUUCAUGUGUGAAUCAUGGUGUAUAUCCAACCAAUGCAGCUGAUGAAUGUGAUUUUCUGACACAUUCUUUUAUAUUCGGUUUUUCAUUUUCGCAACUUUCAAACCCAUUCCAAAUAUAUCUUUUUUACUAAAAAAUUUAAAUCAAAACAUAACCGAAAUCCAUUUUUUCUGCAAAUCAAGGAUGUCAGUCUGAAUCAUCAUCUAACUUGUGAAUUGAACUGUGUGGGAGGAAUCAAGUUAGCUGUUGGUUGCAUGGUCAUUUAUACAUUACUGUGUUUGAUUAGUAUAUCAUGCAACCAUUAAGUAAGAUAUGAUUCUGCCUUUCUUCACAUGUACCUUUGAAAUGCAUGAA